AUGGCGCUGAGCUCUCUUCGACUCCGCCGAACCCUCUGCGCCCUCUCAAACCUCCAUCGCUCUCUCUCUGCAACCUCUGCACUGUCAUUUUCACACUCUUCUUCCUCUCCUAUGCUCAAUGGCCCCACCUCAGCACAAUCGCCUGCAUCGCACCCGAAAUCCUGGACCCUCCUCCUCCAUUCUCGGACGUUCAGGUCGUCCUCGCUCUCUUCUGCUCGAUCGGCGCCGUACGACAACAACCAAAACGAGAAGAUGGACCCCAAUACGGUACUGUUCGAAGGGUGCGAUUACAACCACUGGCUCAUUGUCAUGGAUUACCCGCAAACCAACCGGCCUCCGGCUGAGGAGAUGGUCAGAACUUAUGAGGAAACCUGUGCUAAAGGCUUGAACAUCAGUGUGGAAGAGGCAAAACAGAAGAUGUAUGCUUGUAGCACUACAACGUACACAGGCUUUCAGGUCGUAAUGUCUGAGGAAGAGUCACAGAAGUUCGAAGGUUUACCUGGAGUUGUUUUUGUGUUGCCAGAUUCUUACAUUGACCCACAAAACAAGGAAUAUGGAGGAGACAAAUACGUUAAUGGUACAAUCUAUCCAAGACCACCCCCAGUUCAUCAUGGAAGACAGCAGGGGAGAUACAACGAUCGUAACAGAAAUCCUGACCCACCAAGAUACAAUAGGCAAGGACCGACGCCUAAUCAGCAAGGGAAUCCCUCCUAUAAUAUAAAGGGGCCUAUGCAAGAUAGAGGGAACUAUGGACCUUCACAAACUUAUGGCUUACAAAGACAAGGAGAUAACAGAGGCCCUUUACCAGUGAAUACCCCUGGAGGGAGGGAUGCGUAUCAGCCAGGGAGAGAUCCAGUACCUUCAUAUCAGGGCAAUUAUAACCAAGCGGGGCAGCAAAAUUAUCAUCCCCAAGAACAAAGGAACUUCCCAGAAGGAGAUCAGAGGAAUUAUGCCCCUCCUGGUCCGGUGGGAUUUAGGCGAGAUGAUAGGAAUUAUGUUCCCCCACAAACUGAAACUCAUGGGCAAGGUUUGGGUGGAUUUCAAGGCCAGGGAACAGCUGGAGCUUAUGGGCAAGGACCGAACUCUGGAGCUUAUGGGCAAGGACCGAGCUCUGGAUCUUAUAGCCAAGGACCGAACUCUGGAGCUUAUGGGCAAGGACCGAGCUCUGGAUCUUAUGGGCAAGGACCGAACUCUGGAGCUUAUGGGCAAGGACCGAACUCUGGAGCUUAUGGGCAGGAAGGACUGAGCUCCGGAGCUUAUGGGCAAGGACUGAGCCCCGGAACCUUUAGCCAAGGACCGAGCUCCGGAGCCUUUGGCCAAGGACCGAGCUCUGGAGCCUUUGGGCAUGAAACAGCAGUAACAGCUUCUGGUAAUGGGCAGAGCUACCCUGGGUACGGAGGAGAUCAGAGGUUUUCACAAGGGGAGCAGAGGAACGUGCAAGGUGAACAAAGCAACUAUGCACCCACAGGACAGACAGGAAUUGAGCAAGGGAGGUAUUGA